CUCUGUCUCUGCCGGAUGUGCACCUGGCUCUUUAGCAUUCCUGGCCCGUCACGUAUCCAAUCACAUUACCGCCUGCGAAGCUAUCAUCGCUUGCGAAUCACACCGCCUGAGAUUCUCCCGCCCUAUCGGCCCCCCCCCCUCAUCACCUUCCCAUCGCCUGCGUUUCGGAGACCCCAUCCGCUUCGAUCUGUGCGAGCCCCACAGGCAGGAUCGACAUCUGCAUACCAGCUUCGACUCUGCUACGUCCGCCUGACUCCAAAACAAGCACUCACAUGGCCUAUCCGCCCGCUCGACGGACGCUGGUCCAGCUCGUCAUCGGCAGUCUACUGAUCAUUGGACUGUGGGCCAUGCGCGUCUGGGCCUCGCUGUUCUUCCUUCUGGUCGGGAGAUACAUUAUCCGGAAUGUCCUACUGAAUCUGCAAGAGUCGGUCUUACUCUUUCACACGAGGCUCAAAGCGCUGUCUCGGGCCAAGAUCGGUCCCGCCGCCACUCUGCAGCGUCCACCCGUUCUGCCCGUCGAGGUCCUUCAUCUUAUCCUCGAGCACUCGGAGCGACCCGAGCUCUACAGCAGCGCCUUGGUCAAUCGCCAUUGGAACCAGUGCGCUUCAAAAGUCCUCUAUCGACACCCCCGAUUUCGGAGCAUCAAGGAAGUCGAGAUGCUGCUGCGACAGCUUCGCCAGCCGGAUCGAUCGCUCUAUCCCUAUGCAGAGAUGAUCGAGGAGCUGGACUUUUCCCAAUGCUCAAUGUUUGACAAGUCGCAGCUGGGGGUGCAUCUGUUUCGCGAGCUGCAGCUGUGGCUCGUCCGGCCCUUGCUCUCCAUCAACUUCAGCGGCUGCUCCUUCAUCCGCGACCGGCAUCUGGGGCUUCUGUCGCGGCAUCUUGGGUCUGUACAGCACAUUCGCAUUUCGAAAUGCAUGGUCGAGUCGGCCGACUUUACCUUUGCGAUGCCGCACGAAGCCAGAUGGAGAUCGGCAUCCCGGUCCAUGACACCGCUUUCCUCGCCGCCGCCGCCGUCGCCGCCGUCGUUGUUGCCGCUCGCACCGCCCUCGUCGCUCCUCAAGACCCUCCACCUGAAUGGAUGUCGGAACCUGUCCAGUCUGGCUUUCUCGAAGCUUUCCCGAAACUUUCCGAAUCUGCGCUCCCUCGACGUCUCCAACACCGGCAUCGACCACCAGAGCUUUACCCAGUUCGUGGACCACUCGCCACUCCUGCGCGUCCUUCACUUCUUCAACUGUGAGAAUCUGGACGAGGGAUGCAUUGACUAUGCUCUAGCGCAUCUGCAUUGGCUCUGCGACAUGCACUUCUCGGCCGGCUUGGUCAGCGCCUCGCUCCUGGAGAGCCUCGAGGAUGAGUAUCCGGCGCUCUGGGCCGUCACCAUCGAGUCCAAAACACAGCACGAGAUCCGCGACGUCGAUCUGCUCCUUUUGCUCGCUCGCUUCCCGGCUCUCGAAACCCUGUCCCUUGUCAAAGUCAAGGUCGGCAGCCGCUUCUGGACUGAUUUCACCAAGGUCGGCGGGGCGGCUCUCAAACGCCUCUCGAUUGUCCAUCACGGCCUUGUUCCCACGGUUGAGCCGUCGGCGGUGCCAAUACUGCCGGUGUCGACUGUUUUGUCUACCAACGCACUCGACGCUUCCGGCGUGACUUUGAGCCCGUCCCCGGACCUGCUGACGGCCAUAUCUCGUCACUGCGGCAAGCUCGAGCACUUCCAGGUGUCCUUUGCUGCAUCGCCGCUUCCGAUGGCCCUUCCUACAUUCCACGGCUUCUUUGCGGCGCUGCAACAUUCCGGCUCGCGGCUUGUCACCGUCGACCUGGCGCGCUCUGGGAUCGCCGAUGUCGGUCUGUGUGAAUUGGCCUUGGCCCACGGAGCAACAAUCCGGGUGCUGGAUAUUUCCGAUUGCUGGAAAGUCACCGAUCUGUCGUUGGAAGCCCUGGCUGCAUCUUGCAAGGGAUUGCAGGAGCUCUAUGCAUUUAACUGCUUCCAGCUCACCCCAACUGCUCUUCACCGCAUGUUGAAAUCGUGCCACCUGAUGAAACGGCUGGGCGUCAGCACCUCAACCAAAGCCCCGAUCCAGCGCCUGUGGGGCCGCUACGCUUCCACCCUCGGGCCGUUGCCCAUCCCAUACAUCGUCUUGCGACAGCUGGAAACGAACCGGGUCUAUUCUCUCGCCUCACUCUCGCUUAUCGCCCCCUUCGAUCUGUACAUGAUCCAGGCCCAGUUUCCAAGCGUGGCUCUGACCGAUGUCCCGCGAGACAAGUACACCGAACGGGUCACACGGGCCUAUGGUACCAAUCUUGGCGGCACAAGCCUGUGGAGCCGCUUCGAUACUGCUCAAGGAGCCACUGGGGCCGCCAACCGCGACGACAGCAUCGGGCGCUUGAUGGCGUGGCCGCUGUUGAUUCUGCAGGCAGCUCGGGUCAAUGGCUGGUCAUUGAGCGAGACAUGGACGCCGAGCCUCGAUGGCAAGGACAUACCCGCGGUCUCGACGGAGCUGAAUCAGGAAAGUCGCUGGCUCCUCAGUGCCGUGGCCAAGCUCAACACCCUCCCGUGGGCCCCGAGGCCGGCACUUGAUUUUGUAAACUACUUUGUAGCGUGACCGUCGGGGGGGGGAGCGAUGUUGCGCUGCUCCCUCUCGCUGCUCUGUUUCGUCCAUCUGUCCAUCUCUGUCUGUCGGUGCGGCUGGUCUGUGCUCUCAGUCGAGUUGGCAUCUGUAUUUGUUCCACUGAGGUUGUGAUUGACAUGGGCAAUGCUGCAGAUAUACCAAUAGCAAUGCAG